AUGGCGACUAAGGCGCUUGAGGCUCGUUUCGGGCAUCUAUCCGUUCAUGACGACAAUGAUGGGCAUCAUAGGACUCAUUCAAUCCGAAACUCCAAGGUAUGUGAUCUCUCUGAAGCCUUUGCAACAUGUAUUAGGAGCACAAGUGACAACAGGAAGCAGGUUGCAACCACCAGCACACGUCGAUCGGACGGAACCCGGCCACGAGAGAACCCCAAUUCUGAUAUGUAUAGACUGCACUGCACGAUAAUCGACGCCGCAGAUUCCCAACAAAAUAGUGGCAAGUCUCUUCGGCGAACUCGAAAGCCGCUUUCAGUUGUUUCGACGCAGACGCUCAAUGAAACCGAUAAGUCAGAAGGACACCACGUCACUGGUACAAAGCCACAGAGUGCACGCUUCGAUAAUGUCGCCCCCCAAGUGGCUCAAGCCAAAAGUGGACGGACAUAUUCCAGAGCUCUACAUCCCCUCUCUGUUAUGGUUUCGCAGACAUCAGAUGGUGUGUCCGAGACCGAUGAACAGAAUGUUAGUCAUUCCAAGCGACAAGGCACUGCCGCCAACCAUGUCGCUUGCCAAGCAGCUCAAGCAAAGGGCGGACAGGCAACUUCCCUGAGUCGACACAGCCGCUCUAUUUCUCUGUCAAAAACACCAAAUGCAGUGGUGAGGGCAGAAAAAGACUCCGCCCAGCUGACCAAGCAACCGGUUCCCAAGCUGUUCCAUUUAGGCAUGUUCGAAAUUGGUCGACCCCUAGGAAAGGGAAAGUUUGGCCGAGUUUAUCUCGCGCGAGAACGACACACUGGUUUUGUUUGCGCAUUGAAGGUACUACACAAGGAUGAUAUCCAAAGGGGACGGGUAGAAAAACAGGUAGCUCGUGAAAUCGAGAUUCAGAGCAAUUUGCGCCACCCCAAUAUCCUACGGUUAUACGGUCAUUUCCAUGAUCGGAAACGAAUAUUUUUGAUCCUCGAGUAUGCUGGCAAAGGUGAACUGUACAAGCACCUACAGAAAGCAGACCGCUUCCCAGAGUGGAAAGCAGCCCAAUACAUCGCCCAAAUGGCAACUGCUUUACAAUAUCUCCAUCGCAAACAUGUCAUACACCGGGAUAUCAAGCCCGAGAAUAUCCUUGUGGGUCUUCACGGAGAGCUGAAGAUGUCAGACUUUGGCUGGAGUGUCCAUGCGCCAAGUGGCCGCAGGCUCACGCAGUGUGGAACACUGGACUACCUGCCUCCGGAGAUGGUCGAUCCAAAAAGGUAUGAGAAGCCGUAUGACGAAAAGGUAGAUCUAUGGUCCCUAGGGGUUUUGUUGUACGAGUUUCUGGUUGGACAAGCACCAUUUGAGGACACGCCUGCCAUGACGCAGAGGCGAAUCGCCAAGGGGGACAUGACAGUUCCUUCUUUUGUUAGCUGUGAGGCUCAGGAUCUUAUCAAAAAACUACUCGUGGUUGAUUCUGAUGAGAGAAUUUCCUUGAAGAAAGUUUUGGAACAUCCUUGGAUUCUCCACCACUGCGAGAGCCGUGCCAGGCAAGAUAAGUCUUAA